AUGCCUUUUCCAGACUUCAGAGCCCCCAGGGCGAGGUACACAAUAGUCGGAGAAGCUAUACGUUAUGUCAUUCCUGGACAUCUGCAAUGCACAGUCGGCUGUGGAGGUCAAGCCUGCAAGUAUGACAACCCAAGUUACUGGAGUGAUAACCAGCAGGCCAUAAAAGGCCUCUACUCAUCCUGGGUGUCUGAUCAUCUCCUCGCUAUGUCCAGACCCUCGACAGAAAUCAUUGAGAAGUAUAACAUCAUCGAUCAAUUCAAAAGGAAUGGUAUUAAAUCAGUGAUCAACCUACAGAUACCUGGUGAACAUGCCAACUGCGGAAACCCUCUGGAGCCAGAGAGCGGCUUCUCAUACCGCCCAGAGGUCUUCAUGGAAAACAACAUUUAUUUCUACAAUUUUGGAUGGAGUGACUAUGGAGUGGCCAACCUCACCACUUUGCUGGACAUAGUGAAGGUCAUGGCCUUCGCACAGCAGGAGGGAAAGAUAGCGGUCCACUGCCACGCUGGUCUUGGCAGAACAGGUGUGCUGUUAGCAUGUUUCUUGGCCUACACUACCAGGAUGAAUGCUAACCAGGCUAUUUUAUAUGUGCGCGCUAAACGCCCCGAUUCCAUCCAGACCCGAGGUCAGCUGCGGUGCGUCAGAGACUUUGUCCAGUUCCUUGCCCCUUUGAGGAGUGUGUUUUCCUGUGCUGAGCCUAAAUUCAACCAAGUCACUCUGUCCCAGUACCUGAACCGCCAGAGACACAUAUUGCAUGGCUAUGAGAGGAAGGAGCUGAGUCACCUGCCAAAGAUUGUCCAGCUGGUGUCUAGGCUGCUGCUGGACAUUGCAGAGAAUCGACAGGUGAUCGAGGAAGACAUUCUGGAAGCUCCUGAUAUUCAUGACAUAGAGAUGACUCUCAGCCUCAUUGAGAAAAUGGGCCCCGAGUGGUUUGCAAAGGAACCCCGCUUACCAGGCACGCCCACAUUACCCAGACAUUUCCACGAGCCACCCAUCUUCUACCAUCGCAAAAGUCUGAGCUACAGUGAGUCCGACUUGAGACGACUGGGCUCACAGGCCAACCUCCUCACACAACCUCUGGGCCCCAUGUCGCAGAGCAAUGCUGAACUGUCUAUUUCCCCUGGAGACGCCACUCUCCGUGCAAACCAGCUUCAAGGUUGCAAUAGCAACACGUCUGGCAUUUUAUACAGCUCAGCGGGCUCACUCUGGCAAAUCAAGAAUGUAGAAAAACAAAAAGAUGGAUCCAUUCUGCUGAAGAAAGUGAAGGAGAAAUACAUCCAACGUAGUGAGUCUGUGGGAAAUCAUGAGUCUACCAAAAACACUAGCAUGUUGAUCAGAUGGAAGGCAGAGCAGAGGCAAGGGUUAGUAAGGAACGGGAUGGUGCCUCGAGAUAGCGAUGAGGAACAAUCAGAGAAGUCAGAGGUGCCCUUCAUCACCCUGCAGACAGAGUUGUCUCUGGACGCCAGGAGGCUGCUCGUAGCACAGGCCCUGGCAGUGGACUUUUUUCUUGAUGGGGAAGAAGAGCACAAGAGCAGAGUCUUGGCCUGGCAGGCAGAACUGAACCAAGGCGGUGGCUGGGAGAGGCUGUAUAUGGAGCGGGAUCCUUUCGUCCUCACAGGGCUCAUGUGGGCAUGGCUGGAGCAGCUUAAAGAGCCAGUCAUCUCCAUCCAGGUAGCCAAAGCCCUUAAGCCCAGCGACACUGAUGCUCAAACUGUCCUCAACACACUUGACCAGGCCUCUAAACAAACGUUAACGUGCAUACUAGAUCGUAUGGCUCACCUGCAGGUGAUACCAGAAGAGUUAGAAAAUGCUUUCCUGAAUCGUACAAUCAAGGCUUUCACUAGGAUAGAAAAUAACUCUGAGGAUGGAAGCAAAGUGUACGAGUCCAUGACCGCAGCCCUCCGGUGUGUGCUUGAGGACAUGAGAUGUACGGCCAUGGAAGGGGAAGAGCUGCCAAGCUUCACUUUAUCAUAG